UAAAACUUAAAAACAAAACAAAACAAAGAGGAUCCAUCGAAUCACCCGGGAAAAUAUUGAAGAGCUCCUGCGUCUGACUUGUUCCCCUCUCUCCCCCAUCGCACUCCGUUUCAUUCUUCUCCAAUCCUCUCUUAAUAAUAUUCACACAAACCACCGAUUCGAUCGAGAUCUGCGAUUUCGCGAAGGAGAAUCCGCAAUGUCGUGGCUGAGAUCGGCGGUGCACAAAGCCGUCGAAGUCGGCGGGACCGGGAAGAACAACCUCACCCGCACCGUUCGCAACUACGCCGAUUCCGUCGUCCUCACCGCCGGCAACGCCGUUUCCGAGGGCGCCAAACUCAUCCACGAUCGCAUCGGAUCGAGGAACGUGAAGAGCUUUAGCCUCGAGGUGAAGCGACUAGAGGAGGUCUCGGUUUCUUCACGAGGCGGCGAGAGAGUGCAGCUGCUGAGGAGGUGGCUCGUCUCUCUUAGAGAGGUCGAGAGAAUGUCUCUCGAUCAGAUUCAACCUAGCUCCGAAGAAGCCAAGGAUUUCACCGCCGUUUAUUACGUUGAUCCUGGUCUUCCCGGUGAGACGAUGACGUUCAGAGAUGUGUUUCUUCACAGUGAGGCACUUGAAGGGAUGGUAUUGUCUAUGAUUCUGGAAGCACCAAAUGAGGAAGAAGUUCAGAUGCUUCUGGAACUGUUUGGGCUCUCUUUGUCAGGAGAGAAGGAAGUCCACGAAGAAGUGAUUCAGAAUGUGAAGGACUUGGCAGCGGUGUUUUCGAAAUACAAGGAUGAAGUUCUGGCAAAGCGCGAGGAACUUUUGUAUUAUGUCCAAGAUGCAAUUGGAGGGCUUAAAAUCAGUGCUGAUCUUGCAAGAAUAGACACUGAAGCCCAAGCUCUGAUGGAGAAACUUGAUAAAACGAAGGUCAAGGUUCUUGAGAAGACUUCAAAUGGAGAAAGUUCUAAAACCGCUGGAACCAGUGCUGCAUCAACUGAGGCUCUCCGUGAAAUUCUUGAGCAGGUUCGCACUUUUUCGAAGCUAGAAGCACUGUUGCUGAAGAAAAAAUCAUUAAGAAAUGGUGAUUCCCCUCAACACCACAGUGAGAAGGUUGAUAAACUGAAAGUUCUGUCAGAAUCUUUACUCAAUUCUACCUCAAAAGAAGAAAAACGAAUUGUGGAUCAUAGCAGAAGCCAGAAAGAAGAAGCUCUUAGCUAUCGACUUUCCAAAACUGAUGAAGUCAGCCAGCGGGAGAAGGAUGUUGCUGCAGAAUUAAAAAAACUUGAGAUUAUGAAGGAAGAUCUUGAAGCUGAGCUGAAAAGGGUCAACACCUCAAUAACAUCUGCCCGGGCUCGCCUUCACAAUGCUAGAGAAGAAAGAGAGCAAUUUGAUAAUGCAAGUAAUGAAAUACUUAUGCACCUGAAGUCAAAGGAAGACGAGCUAACUCGCUCGAUAGGUUCAUGCCGAGUAGAGGCAGAUGUUGUAAAUAAGUGGAUCAAGUUUUUGGAAGAUACCUGGAUUAUCCAGUCUAAAUUUGCUCAACAAAAGGAAAUACAAGUGAGUGGGGAGAUGGAGAGAUAUGGUGACCAUUUCAUAGACCUGAUUGUUCAACUCCUCUCUUUCUACAAGGAACAACUGGACCCUUCUAUUCCCAAGGUCAGAAGAGUCGUCGAACUUUUGGAACCCAGUAAAGGGUUAGAAGCAGAAGUAAAGACAGAGGAUAAGGAUGCAAAGCCAAUCGAUUCUAGAAAACAACUUGAGAAGGAGUAUCUGGACCUCGAAGCUAAGUUUGUCACAACAUUAAGUGUGGUUGAUGCGAUGAAAAAGCCAUUCUAUUCACAGACGGAAGGUAUCUCCAGGAAAGACGACAAAAGAGUGAAAGAACUAUUUGAGGCAUUGGACAAAACAAAAGAAGAGUUCGAGUCUAUCGAACGCCCGCUUCUAGAUAUUGAGUCUCCUUCGAGAACCUCUUCUUCUUCUUCUUCACGCUCCCCGUCCCUGAAAAUGAUACCCGAGGUUCCACUUUCUUUCACAGUCCAGAAAGAAUUUGAUGGUGUUGAAACUCCAGACAGUAAAAAAGGGUCUUCAGAGAAGGAAGACCCGGCGAAGAAGCAGCUGGAGUUGGAACUUGACGACGGAGAAGAGUCAUUGGCUGAUGAAAUCAACGACUGGGAAUUCGACGCUCUUGAUGACACUCACAUCAAAAACCAAUAGCUAACUCAAAUUUUGCAAAGAUGAUGGAGGAAGAGGGGGGGAUAUAUCUGUUACUAUUUAACUAACUCAAAGGUUAUGACUUUCCAGAGCUUUGAAAUAUAUAAAGGAAACUGUAAGUUAUUUUCUUGUUUGAUCAAAUGUAGAUAUAUAUUACUAGCUCACAGUAAGUUUUAAAAUGAAACUUUAUUGUAUAAUUUACUCUUACCUCUCCCGGUAUGUUUUUGUUUUUCCUUCGCCGGAGAUGAGAUUUUUUUUUCCUUACUUCUAUAUCUUUUCCUUACAUUAUGUUCCUCAUUUCAUAUUUUUAACAUUGUUGUCGUAAAAUAUUUUUCCUGGACAA